AUGCUUGUGCCUCAAACGAAAAAUUCAACAAAACCCUUAGAAAAAAUUGACGAAUGUAGUCAAAACAUAAGUGAAACUGAUAUCUGUCAUCCGAAUACAAAUGAUGCAAUCACUGGAAAUAACAAUAAUGAGACUUUAAAAAAUUUGAACGAAAUUGUAGAAAAUGAAUCUAGCAGCAUGUCACUCCCAACCUCGCCUGUAUUAUCGAUUGUAGAAAAUAUAUCUGUUAAUAAAAGUUUACUCAGUAGUAUCGACGAACAUUCUUUAAAUGUCGCAGGUAAUGAAAAAAUAACCCUCAAUGAACUAAUGUCGCCUGAUGCAGUCGACGUAUCUAUGCCUCUAAUGGAACGAAACUAUACUGUUGAGAAAAAGGGAGAAGAUGGUUCUCAAUACCAUUAUACUAUAAAUCCAAAAAACCCAUUGGUCACCGAUUCCUUUCUUAACAAAGUAUGCACCGUUAAAAUUCAUGAUAUAACCUUGUCAGAUUCCUUAAGUACCAAACUUCGAAAUUUAUUAAUAGAAAGCGCAAAAAAAUUAGGCAAACAAACUCAAUCAGUAAAUGAAAAUGAUGUGGUUAAAACUGUAGAGAAUGAUGCUGACCCAAUAGAUAAAUCAAAAAGAGGGAAAACUAAGAAACGAUCAUCGACUCCUCGUAAGAAGAAAACUAUUUCCAAAACAAAAGCUCCUAACUGUGAGCCAUUUGUUGAAGAAGAACAUACAGAAAUGUGCGCCCAAGCUGGCAGAAAAUCUUGUCCCCCACUUAUUAAUAUUUUUCAAGACGUUGAUAUGAAACAAGUUGAAUCAGUAGAAGACACUCCGAUCACUGCUAACGCCAACAUAAAAAAAGAUAGAAAAAAGAAGGAUGUUAUAAAAGUUAAAAUCUCUAGACCUAAAAGAAAAACGGAUAUAGGGUGUGAAGAGUCACCCAAUAAUAAUGCAAAUAUACCGAACAAGAACACCAUAAAUGAUGCCGAGUCUGGUAUUUUUCUGGGUAUUAACGACAGUGUGGAUCUCAUACACAAUCAUUCAGAAACUUGCCUCCAGACUCACGAUUGUAUAAUCGAUAAUAGUGUGGAAAUUGUACAAAAUUCUAAAUCCAUUUUGUCAAUUGAUUCGAGCAGCAUUCAAUCUGAGAGGGAGAAUUGCGUGUCUAAAAUAGAUGGUGAAAUAGCUUUGGAGUUAUUGGGGUCUAAUGCUCAAGAUGGCACCCAUUUAUUCAAAGGUAAAAUUCUUUUCUAGACAUAUAUCUGGUACAGCAAUACAAUUUAAGAGUUUCUCUUUGGUGUUGGUCAUCUUAGGUUCGAUUCCCGAGAUAUUGAGUUAGGUAAAUCUUAAAUAGGAGUUAAGGUAGCCAGGAGCCAUAUCAUAAAUAUUUCCUAUGGCUGUGCUUGUUGUGUUUGUUCUCUUAAAAAUAUACACACAUCAAAAAGUUUUAAAAAACAGUAUUUUUUAUAUUUCAGAUAUAGAUCCUUCUAAAUCAAACAAAGCCGCAACAACAGAGAGUAUCCAAAAUACGCCCCAUGCCAGUACUACCCCGAAUAGUCUCAUAACUGAAGACCUCUCUGGUGGCCACCCCUCCCCCAUUAAAAGCAAGUGGUAUUUCCUUUCGGACGAAGAAACUACAAAUUGUCUAGAUUUAGCCGACUCUGAACCAAUCGACGCGGGUUAUGGUGCAAAUUUAAAUCAAAUAUUCCCCGUUACUUGUGCGGUCCCAAAUUUGUCCACUAUAACAGAAAUGUCUAAGGAUCCUGACGAAAACACUAAUACUAAGAAAAUAGUUUUUGAUGAUAACAUUAAAAAUGAAAUUUCCUCGCAAAGCCUUUUUUCUAACCAUUAAAGCGUAUUACAUUUUUAUUACCUAAGAUAUUCUGCUUUACUUAGACUGCGCUGUGCGCAAUAAAAUGAAUUAAUAGUCAUAGAUAUACAUGUGAAAAUAA